CCCAUAUCCUUAUUCCUUACAAUCGACAAGCUUCGGUUGCUCAAUGAUUCAUCAUCGUUCCGGUUGCUCUCAAGCUGAAAGCCCGCCCAUCUCUGUAAACAAACACAGAAGUCCUCUGCCGCGCGCACCUCCCGCGGCUCUCUGUCUACUGCAGCUUUCAGGCCCGGCGUCCGUAGCUGGCCGUCUGCUAGGCCCCAAACUUUAAAUCUUCAACUCAGUAAGUAUUGUUCAACUGCUCCCAAACUUUAAACUUCUUAGGCCUCAAACUUCAAUUUAUGUCUUCAAUUAAAAUUACUUGUAUAUCAAUUUUCGUCAUCUGCUGUUUCACGUGCUUGCUGUGGUGCUGCCUAGCUGCUACAUGCCUACAUUACUUUUUACUUUGUAAUUUUAGUCAUUGGUUUAUUUUUAAUACUCAUGAAAAAUUAUUUUCUGUGUGUCAUACCUUAAUUAACCUGAAAUCUCUGACUUCAUCUUCAUCACCAUUGAGAAUCGUUUUGGUUACAUUAAAAAUGCUUGAUACAUAAAACGGAACCUGGGGAAACAGAUUUUAAUGUGAAUUUAAGUAAUUCAAAUUUGCUUAUCAUCAUAACCAUGUCAUGGAAGUGCAAUAACUAAUAAAUUUUACCUUAUAUUUCUUGGCACUACAACACUAUAAAAUGAUGAUGAUUGGUGCAGGGUCAUUCUCUUUGUAUGUCAAGAACUGUUGUAGGCUUGUAGCAGGAUCCCCCAUAGUGUGCAGGAAACUACAUUUCUUCUAGAAAAUAAUGAAAGUCCAUAUCAGCAAAAUAAAUCUCCAUUAACAUUAAUGAUCGUUCGUUUUCUAUCACUGUUUUAGGACUUUUUUGCACAGAAGUUUGUCAAUGAUAUCAGGAUUAAUAUUGUUGGGCAGAGUGGUUCUCACAUAAAGAACUGGUUUGUAUAAGUUUUUGGAAAUAUCUAUUUCUGCUUUUUCAUGUAUUAGUUCUUCUGCUUGAAGAGAAUCAGACAAAGUGAGGUUGAACUGUUGAAGGUCUUAAUCGAGGAUUCAAUAUUAAAUACUUCAAAAGCUUCUGUCUUGUUGAAGAACUCGAGCUUAAAAAAAAAUUUCAGUGUUUUGAAAGACAUGUAGUUUCCUUCACAACAUUUUUUUAUAGCUUAUACAUGGCCUUCUUUGAACAAAGGAAGAAACUUUACCAUGAACAUCGGAGGCACUUGGGCAGGAUUUUUAUCCCCUUUGGAGUGAAAAACAAUGAGUUAGAAUUGUAAUAAAGGUAGAUUCUAAGAUUAAAAACUUGACAGCAAUAUUCCUCUUCAUCUUGAAAUAUGCAUUAAAGGGAUUCUUGAAAUAGUACACUCUUACAGCUCUAACCAUGAAUGCCCAUUCAUUCUUUUUUUGGUUUUAGUCUUUUACCAAUUACCAACGACCACAUGCCCAACAUUUUUGCAGAAAGAUGUUUGUAAGCUGAGAAAAACACUAAAAUCAAUAAGAAUCGUUUGAUUUAGGAGAACUAUGAAUUAUGGGUCAUCUUUUUAUAGCAAACUGAACAAAUAUGCUUGCGUGAGAUAAGAAUUGCCCAAUAUUUUAAUAAGUGCUACCUCCGUCCCACAUAAAAGUUUUCAUCCAUUAUUCUCCAAUCAACUUAAAGUGCUCUUAAUUUUGUACUUUAUAUAUCCAACUUUUAUCAAAUUUGAGUUUUUUUGUGAUUUUAUAAAACUUUUUAUGUAGUUUUUUAAAUAUGUAAUUUUUAUAUACUUAAAAUGACUUUAUCAUUGACAGGGGUCAAUUAAUAAUUAAUUUUACGAUCAUUCAAACGUCCUAAACUGAAUGGGAUCAUUUACCCGGGACGGAUGGAGUACCUUUUUGUGUGUGAAUUGACAUCAUGACAUGUAGCCUAGCCUUUUACAAAACAGUGAAUUACAAUUUGUACAUUUAAAUCUAUAAUGUUGCAAUUAAAUAAAUAAAUUCACAAAUAGUGAAAACAUUAAUUGUUUUGGUGUUGGUGUAUGGGGGAGCACACAAAUGUGAUUUAAUUCAAUUAUUUAAUAUAUAAGUGUGUGUUCAGGCCAUAGAAAUAACACAGGUACAUAGGUGGAGCCUGCUGCAAUCACAGAGGGGAGUACGACAAAAUCUUAUAUUGAGGAAGCCCAUCAUAUAAUAUACUCCGUGUUACUGUAAUUUUACUCGAUGGUUCUGGUUUGAAGAGGCUGUUUGAUUUACUAUUUAGUCUAUGUAAAUACUACCUAUAUAAGUGUGUAUAGGAAUGGUGGAAUGUAUUAGGUGUGAGAUAUUUUGAGCGGGAGUACUAUUCCUCAAACCUUUUCUUGUUAGAUACUCCGUAUUAAAUAGAUUAAUAUUGAUGGGUAAAACCUUCGGCGAUGGCGGAACCGCCUGAUGGCGGUGGCGGAGUUUGGGGCCGGAAAUCGUUUGCGGAUGUGGUGGCCAACCGAUCGGUUUUGAAGACUGAGAAAUCGAGAUUCAUAGGUGUGCCGUCAAUUGAUUUUGCUGAAAGGGAUGUUGACAAAUUGGCAGAUAAGCAUAAGAGGGUGCUGAUAGGUUACUUCUUCAAAGGUAAACCUAAUCUUACGGUUAUCCGUAAAUCUUUUGAAAUCAUUGGCUUCAAAGGCAAGUUUCAUUUGGGAACACUGGAUCCCAAACAUAUUGCAAUUCGUUUUGAUUUGGAGGAGGAUUUCCUUAGAUGUUGGAAUAGGCCAUCUUGGGUUAUUAAGGGCUAUGUGAUGCGUGUUUCUAAAUGGACGCCGGAGUUCCGACCUAAUGUCGAAUCUCCGGUGGUCCCGGUGUGGUUAGCUCUGGAAGGGCUUCCUCUUCACUUGCAAGACAAAUCUGCCCUUUUUGAGAUUGCCAGCUUAAUUGGAAACCCACUUAAAAUUGAUAAUGCUACGGCUAAUUUGUCUAGACCGGCAUUGGCUAGAGUUUAUGUGGAACUGGACCUUACUAAGGAGAUGCCUACGAAAAUCUGGAUUAACAGUGGAAAAUUUGGUUUCUUUCAGCCAAUAAUCUAUGAAAACAGGCCCGAGUAUUGUACUGCCUGCCUGCACCUAGGUCACUCUCAGGGCAAGUGUCCUAAGAGGCAGAUUGUCCAAUCCAUAACACUUCCUAAGGAGAAAUGGGUUCAGAAAAAAGACUCUGCUGCCCCAAAGCUCACAAGUUCAGAAAAAGGAAAAGAGAAAAUUACAUUUGAUGAACAAGGUUACAAACAAUCUACUUCCAAAAUCUCUCAGGAGGAGGUUAACUCUGAGGAUGAAACUGAUGUGGAAGAGGUGUUUCUUGAUUCCAUGGAGCAGCCUGCAGGAGAGAAUAACAACAUCAAAACUCUUUUAGAGGCCGAAGUCCCAGGAAUACUCAAUGCAGACCCUAAGGAAAUAUCUGGUGUUCAUGAUGAUACUUACACUCAGAAAUUGAUUGGCCUUACACAAGCUAAAUCUUCAGGAAUGAUAAGAGAAUGUUACUCAGAUGGAGAAGAGGAUCAGCCUGUUCACCCUGAAUUUCUUUUGGACAAUUGGCCUCAAAUUUGCGCAGGUGUGGAAUGGCUUGUCAAUCAAAAAUCCAAAGAGCAACCUGUUCAACAAGUUCAGCUAAUUGAGACAAUUGAAAGGACAGAAGAAUUAUCAAACAUUCAAAUACAGAAUCAUGUUGUCCCAGACCAAGAUAUGCAUAAGGCAAUUAAUACAGUUGCGGACCCUAUUGCUGAGGAAGGCUGCAGCAAGGUUACCAGACGACAGGGUAAAAAGCAAACCACAGAAAAUCUACAGAAAAGAAACACUAGGAGUGUGGCUAAGGGUGCCUCUAACCCUUUAGUCUCUCAAUGAACUGCUUAUUUUGGAAUGCUAGGGGUCUAGAAUCCUCCAGUUCUAGACUUUAUUCCCUAGUUCACCAAUGGAGGGUGCGUUUACUUGUUCUUAUUGAACCAAUUGUUGCUAGUACUAAAAUUGACAUGUACAAGGAGGCCAUUGGUUUCGAUCAAGCUGUUUUUUCUGACAUUAAUAAGAUUUGGUUAUUUUGGGAUUCCUCUUACGUUGGCAUCUCUAAUAUCAUCUGGCAUAGUCAAUUUGUGCAUUUUAAAGUCUCUGGAUUCCUUUUUAAUGGUUGGGUGACUGGGGUCUAUGGCAGACACACUUAUGUUCACAGAAGAGAGUUAUGGGCUGGUCUUCUAUCUAUUUCAGUGGGCUUAAAGGAACCCUGGAUGGUUGGGGGUGACUUUAAUGCCAUUGCUUCCUAUAGUGAACAUAAAGGCACUGCUCUACCUCUCCUGCAUGGAGUUAAUGAAUUCUCUGAUUGCAUUGCUGCUUGCAACUUGAUUGAUCUACCUUUUACUGGCCCCAAAUAUACCUGGACUGGUAACAGAUCAAAUGGGAAAGUUUGGAGAAGAUUAGACAGAGUCCUAUUCAAUAAAGCAUUUUUGGAUACUUUUGACAAUAUUCAAGUCUCUAUUUUGCAUAAAUCUCCCUCUGAUCACAGCCCCAUCCUUGUUCAAGGCUCUAACAUAGGGUUUUUAGGGCCUAAAAGCUUCAAGUUUCAGAAUAUGUGGUUCAGUAGUGGGAAUUUUUUGGAAGUGGUUUCUUCUACCUGGAAUUCUGGUGGUUCUCAAGGGGGGAUGAGGGGUCUGGUUCUUAAAUUACAGAAUCUUAAAAAGACUCUGAAAGUCUGGAACAAAGAGCAUUUUGGUAAUAUUUUUGAAACAGUUAAGCAUUGUGAGGAAGAGGUGUUAAAAGCUGAACUUGCUUAUGAGGAAAAUCCUGGGGAACUUCAAAGAGAAGACUGGUUUUAUAAAAAAGGGCUACUCAAUCAAAAGUACAAGCUGGAGAAAAAAUUUUGGAAGCAGAAGGCACAUGUUAAGUGGAUCAAGGAUGGGGACAGCAAUACCAGCUUCUUUCACUCUUGUUCAAGUGAGGAAAAGAAAGCAAUCCAUUACCUCUAUUAAGAAUCAGGUAGGUCAGGAAUUUAACUCCCUAUCCAAGAUUGGUGAGGUGGCAGUGGAUUUCUUCUCAGACCUGUACACAGCAGUGCAAACUGAUAAUAAUAAUAUCCUUGACUUUAUUCCCAGUUUGAUCACUCAAGAAGAUAAUAAUACUCUCAUUAAACUCCCAGAUAUGGAAGAGGUUAAACAAGCUGUGUGGGAUCUGAAUCAUAAUAGUGCUCCAGGUCCAGAUGGGUUUCAUGGAAAAUUUUUUAAGAAAUGCUGGAGUAUUGUUGGUAAGGAUGUGCUUAUGGCAGUUCAGGAGUUCUUCAUGGGCCUACCUAUUCCUAAAGGAAUGGCUAGUGCCUUGCUUGUUCUUAUUCCUAAAUCUGAUUGUCCUUCUACCUUUAGUGAUUUUAGACCUAUUUGUUUGUCUAACUUCAUUAACAAGGUUUGUACAAAGGUGUUGGUUACAAGACUGAAACCUAUACUUCCUAAAAUUAUUUCACCAGAGCAGGUUGGAUUCAUGGCAAAUAGAGACUCUGCAGACCAGGUUCUAUUAGCACAAGAAAUGGUGCAUUGUUUAGACAAAAAAAUCAGGGGAAGUAAUCUGAUUGUGAAGCUUGACAUGGCCAAAGCUUUUGAUCGAGUUUCUUGGCAGUUCUUAUCAGAUAUUCUGUUGAAAUUUGGGUUCUCAUCACAUCUGGUUAUGAUUAUUUUAAAUAAUCUAAGAGCUACAUAUCUUUCUGUUCUUAUCAAUGGAUCUCCACAUGGUUUUUUUAAGCCCAAUAGAGGAGUAAAGCAGGGUGAUCCUCUAUCCCCAUUUUUGUUUAUUAUAGCUUCAGAAGCAUUCUCCAGAGGUUUGAAAUGGUUAAUGGAAAAUAAUAAAAUCAAAUCAUACUAUAUGGGCAAUGAGGGUAGAGCCAUCUCUCACUUAGGGUAUGCAGAUGACCUUUUAAUUUUCCUAAAUGGGGAUUCAAGAUCCUUGUUAAGAUUUAAAGAGUUUUUGAAUAAUUACCAGGAAGCUUCAGGACAAGCUAUAAAUUUCUCCAAAAGUUCAUUCAUAUGUGGAAAAACCUCCCCUGCAAGGCAGAAUAAGAUUAAAGAUCUUCUUGGCAUGAGGUUGACUUCCUUGCCUAUUAAAUACCUUGGGGUAAACCUGCACAAGGGGAUAAACAGGUUUGAAUACUGCAGCAAUAUCAUUAAACAAUUUGAGAGGAAGCUCUCUCCAUGGAGGCAAAAAAAUUUAUCUCAGGGUGGGAGGCUUAUCCUAAUCAAGUACGUGUUAAAUUCUAUUCCCCUUCAUGUCUUGGCAGUAGACACUUUGCCUAAAAAGGUGAUAAAGGUCUUAAACAGUAAGAUGGCCUCAUUUUUUUGGGGUUCUUCUAAUGAAAAAAAUAAGUAUCAUUGGAUCAAAUGGUCAAAACUUUGUUUUCCAACUAUGGAGGGUGGUCUUGGGAUUAGAUCCUUGACUGAUUUAGAGAAGGCAUUUACACUUAAGCUCUGGUGGAAAUGGAAGACUGGUGACUCUUUGUGGGUGCAGAUUAUGAGAACUAAAUAUGAGAGAAAUGGCAACAUGAUACCUAAAAUUACAGAUUCUGCAAUUUGGAGAAGGAUUUGCUCUGCUAAUGAUCAAGGUAUUGAACUUUGCUCCAUGGAUCCUUCUGGCAGACUACUCUGGAAUGAAGAAGAUGAUGGUCAGUUCUCUUUUAAAUCAGCAUUUGAGGAGGUUAGGGAACUGGCCUUCAAUGCCUCUAAUUAUGAGCAGAUCUGGUCGUCAAAGCUUGAACUUAAAAUCAAGUUAUUACAGUGGAAAAUCACUAAGAGCAUUCUGCCAACCCCUGAUAACCUUAACAGAUUUCAGAUUGUGCUAAAUCCUUCUAGAUGUCCUAUGUGCAAGAGGCAUAGCGAUAGUAUGAAGCAUCUUUUUUAUCAAUGUGAGAUUGCUAAGGGAGUGUGGCAAUACUUUAUGAGUAUCUUCAGAAUUUAUCAGCCUAUAGGUAUGGACUACAGCCUUUCUCACUAUUGGAAAACUGGUGUGUGCAAAACCAAUUUGGAUGAUAUUAUCAAACAAAAUAUCCCUGGAAUUAUAUGUUGGGUUAUUUGGAGGACCUAUGCGGACCAAAUUUGGGGAAAUGGGGGCUAUAUCCCUAGUAUCGAUAACAUGAUUAUUCAGGUGAAACUAUACUCUCAAAACUGGGUUACUAGCCUAUCAACUUCCAAAAUCAGAUUUCUUGGUAAUAUUUCGCGGGAGGAAGGUUUAAUUCCUUUAAAUUAUAAGCUUCAAGGCUACAGACCUCAAGUCAUUACUUGGCAUAAGCCUACCCUAAACUGGAAAUUGAAUGUUGAUGCUAGUUACCUAGCUGGUAUGGCCAACGGAGGUGCUGUCUUGCGCAAUCAGAAGGGCGAGCUGGAGGUGGCGAUUAGCUUUCCUAUCACUGCUCGAUCUCCAUUGGAAGCUGAGAUUCAUGCUCUUAUCUUCGCUAUGAACUGGGCGGUGGAGGCAGGUUACUCCCGUUUUCAAGUUGAAACCGAUUCAUCUCUGGCCUUAAGCUAUUUCGAGGGAAGAGAAGGAAGUCGAUGGGCAACUGCGAUUCAGGAAAGCCUACAUAUGUGUUUUAGGAAGGAGCUGCGGAUGGGCUACAUUAAACGUGAAGGUAAUUGGGCCGCACAUCAUCUGGCCCAAAACCGGACAAACACAUUAAUCAUUAUGUCUAAUGUUGGUCAGCUUCCGAUCAUGGCUAAAAGGGCUUUUUGGAUGGAUUUUUUUGGCAUUCCUUCGUUACGAUUGUAAAUUUUUUUAUUUCUUUCCUCGGGUUAGGUAUGGUCCCCCCGAAUUUGUAUUAUUUUGUUCUGAUUGGUAAUAAAACAUGGUAAAUGUCCCCCGGCAUUUACCCCACUGAUUUUGGUGGUUGACCUUCCGGGGUAAAAAAAAAAAAAAAAAAAAAAUUGAUGGGUAACAUUAACUGCACAAUUGUCUCAUUACAUAUAUUACAAUUUUAGUUUUUUGUGCUCAAUUUUGUACAUUAAGAUAUCCUUCGUAUUAAGAAGAAAGAAAGAGAAUGGAGUCCUCUUGCAGCAAUGGAAGUUCCAUUUUGAAACCUACUGAGAACAAAAAAACUGGAGGAGAGCUUUUCGGAUUCUAGCUCUACCAAUGUUAAGGUGAAGCGCAAAAGAACAACAAUAAGCAGAGCCCACAUACACGAGUUUAAGGUAUAUGAUGAUAAGCUUCGUGAAUUUGACUUCAACCGCCAAGAAGUUGAUAUACUUCUAAAAUCCAUAGCUUCAUGGAUUGACGGGAAAAUGCCAUGCCUAAAAGGGGUUGUCUCUUGUGCAUUUACUCAUAGUGCAUUUACUAAUGUUGAAUGUCUAGCUAUGGGAGAAUAUAUGCAAAGAUGCCCUUUCCGUCCUACAUUUUCCCAGUUAGAAUGUGUACCCAUUGCAAUGUUGCUGAAAGCUCAUGCAUCAGUCAUCUUACACCCGGCUGAGAUUUUCUUUAUUUUGAAUCAUCUGCAUUGUUCUUUGGACGACUUUUGCAUGACCUUGAUAUCAACAAAAGAAGAGGUGAAGUUUGACUACAAGACUGGAAGCCUUGAGCCGAAGCCGGAUGAUAGUGCCACAAGUCAGAUGGUUGUCCAAGGCAUAAGAAAGAUCUAUGGAGUUGUCUUCGACAAAUUUGAGCUGCUACGUUUUAUAUAUAGACCGACUUACGAGAAGUAUUUUGAAUCCCACAUUUACAACACGUAUGAUGUGGCCUCAUAACUCUACUGUUUGGGAUUCAUAACGUAUAUAUAACCGGAACCGGCCCGGCCCGGCCCGGGUCCAUCCCCACAUUUCAGCUGCCAUUUCCUUACUAUGACAUGGUUAUGUUUUGGUCUACCAUCACCACGUUUUUUGUUUGUGAGGUGCUGGAUUCUAAAAAAACAUCUGUUUAAAUAUUUAACAUGUUCAACGACAUGGAUGCCUUUGAAAGUUUGAAUGAAAGAUGUCUAUAUAUUUAACAUGUUCAAUAGCAGUAACUAAAUAAACAAUAAAAGAGUAACUCUUUGACAGUAACUAAACACAAAAAUAUAUGUUUGGUUUUGUAAUAAUAAAUGUGUAUAUAUAGUCACUAUCAUUGGUAGGGAUGGACCCGGGCCAGGCCGGUUCCGGUUCGGGCCUGAGCCCGGCCGGGCCUUUGUUUGGGAAGAAGGGAAUCGGAACCGGCCCGGGUGGAUGGCGGUUCCGGGUCGGGCCGGGCCACCCGGCGGUUUACCGGGUCGGGCUGGUUCCGGGCUUUUUAAUUUUAUUUUGUUGAUUCUUGAAUUGAAAUACACAUACACAAUAAUAUAAAAAAAUUCAAGUAUAUACAAGGAAGGAGCUCCACUUUUUU